GGAUGCGCUCCGGCCGCGUGGGGCGGGCACUGGCGCCCUCUCCUCUCGGGACCUCGGGCCUCGUCCCAGGGCACGGGGGCGCACAGCCUCCGCGACUGCCCGCCCCAAUCCCAGGGCGGACGCCUUGCGCAAAACCCAGGCGCCGCGGCUCAUCGCUCCGGCUGAGGGUCUGCGCCGCCGCCUGCACCCUCCCGCUCGGCCGCGGCCCCUGGGGCGGAUACUCCGGUGCGAGGUUCCAACCGAGGCCGGUGGCGGGUUUUGCCCCACGAAGAUGAACUGGGCGCCCGCAACGUGCUGGGCUCUGCUGCUGGCAGCCGCCUUCCUCUGCGACAGCGGCGCGGCCAAGGGCGGCCGCGGAGGGGCCCGAGGCAGCGCCCGGGGAGGACUCCGCGGGGGGGCGCGCGGGGCCUCGAGGGUGCGCGUGAGGCCGGCACCGCGCUACGGUGCCCCGGGCUCCUCCCUGCGCGUGGCUGCGGCGGGGGCGGCGGCGGGAGCGGCGGCGGGUGCUGCCGCGGGCCUGGCGACAGGCUCGGGCUGGAGAAGGGCCGCGGGGCCCGGGGAGCGCGGCCUGGAGGACGACGAGGACUGGGUGCCCGGAGGCAACGGGACCGGCCCCGGCAUCUACAGCUACCGGGCGUGGACUUCGGGCGCUGGGCCCACGCCAGACCCGCACCUCUGUCUCGUGCUGGGCGGCGCCCUCCUGGGGCUGCUGCGGCCCUAGGCCAGGCUGGGCUCGGGGAUCACAUCUGGUCCCCGGCCCGUUCCCCAAGUCCUCAGGCCUGG